CACUCGCGACACUACGCCAUCCCGCCGAGGGGAUACCCGUGUGGGCGGUUGGGGCGCGCGCAAAGUGCCGUGGAAGCCGAGGGGCACGAGGGUGAGGAGGGAGGCCAAAGUGCGCGGUAGCGGCGGCGAGCGACGAGUGAUUCGUCGUCGUUGGUGCAAGGUCGACGAGGCGGUAUCGCGAAGUUCGUGGGCGUGUGCCAUCGUUCCAUCGUCAUCGUCGUCGUCGUCGUCGUUCUCGGCUCGUCGUAAGGAAGGCGCCGAUCUCUUCACCACAUACGCGCGCGCGCGCACACAUACACACCCCACCCCGCCCCGUCCCGCUUCGCUUCAUUCCGUUCCAGCUCUCGACCCCCUGGUGCCCCGUGUGCGCGGAACGGUGUUUCUCCGCGCGCCCGUCCCGUCUCUCCGCGCAGACCAGCAGACGAGGUGAAUUACGAUGUAAACGAGGUGACGGAGGAAAAGCAGAAGAAAGUCUCUUUCGCGUUUCAUCCCGCCGCCCCGUCAGUAUCGAGAAGGGCGAGAAGCGCGUGAAGAAUCCGCUCCCGUUUCGGGAGUCUCUCGACCUGACGUCCCUGACGGUGACGUCCAAGUUGACGCGGUGUGCGCGGUGUGCGCGAGUCGACGGUCAUCGCAGCAAGCAUGUCGAUGGUACCGCAGGUAUCCAGCGGGCUCAGCAAGCUGAAGAAGAAGCACUUCCGGGUGAAGCAUCAGAAGGUUAAGCUGUUCCGCGCGAACGAGCCGCUGCUCAGCGUGUUUAUGUGGGGCGUCAAUCACACGAUAAACGAACUUAGUCACGUUAACAUUCCAGUAAUGCUCUUGCCAGAUGAUUUUAGAGCUUACAGCAAAUUGAAAGUGGAUAAUCAUCUCUUCAACAAAGAGAACAUGCCCUCCCACUUUAAAAUCAAAGAAUACUGUCCGUUAGUUUUUAGGAAUUUGCGAGAAAGGUUUGGAAUAGAUGAUUUGGAUUACAAGGAGUCGAUGACGAGAUGUCGGGUGUUUAAUCCUUCGCGAGCAAAGCAGCGUACGGAUUUGGUCGAAGGAAUAGGCAGAAGGACUCGUCAAUUGGUUCAGCGUGCCGCUACCAUUCCGUCGAUUACCUUUUCCUCUCCUACUUCUGCCUCCUCGCACAAUUCUAUUCUAAACAAACCGCUGCGUACCUACAGUUUUAAACCAAAACGCCUGAGGUCGCAACCAGUGCUUGACGAUUCAUCUGGGAAGAGCGGCGCAAAGUUUUAUCAAUCUUACGACAAACUGUUCAUAAUUAAAACCCUCACGAGCGAAGAAGUGGAAAGGAUGCAUUCGUUCUUGAAGCAUUAUCACCCUUAUAUUGUUGAGCGACAUGGAAAGACACUGUUACCACAAUACUUGGGAAUGUACCGGUUGACCGUCGACGGCGUCGAACACUACGUGGUUGCCAUAAGAAACGUAUUCUCGAAUCAUCUGACGACACAUAAGAAAUUCGAUCUGAAAGGCUCAACGGUGGACCGAGAAGCGUCAGAUAAAGAGAAGGAGAAGGACCUUCCUACCUACAAGGAUAAUGAUUUCGUUAAAGAAGGCAUGAAGAUUUACAUCGGGGAAGAGGCCAAAGCUAAGCUAAUAGAAACAUUAACCGCCGACGUAGACUUCUUAACGAGAUUACACUUGAUGGAUUACUCCUUGCUACUCGGCUUGCACGAUUGCGCGCGGGCGGAGCAAGAGAGCAGAGAGCGUGCGGAAAGAGAGGACGACGAGGACAAUCACGAGGAGGAGGAUGACAGUGAGUCCGGUAGCGGAUUAGAGUCUCGAGGUCCAGUGACAGAUCGCUUGUACAGUUGGAGUGGCGUCGGCCACGCGGUUACCAACAUGGCAACGCCUCCCGAAUCACCGCAUGCCGCGUUAAUGCGUGAGACCAGUCUACAAUACGAAGAUGCGAUAAUACCUGAGCUAGAUAUUUAUGCUAUUCCUAGUAAAGAAGGUGCUCCCACGAAGGAAAUUUAUUUUUUGGCCAUAAUAGACGUGCUAACGCAUUAUGGUGUACGUAAGCAAGCGGCGAAAGCGGCCAAGACUGUCAAAUACGGUGCUAAUGUCGACGGUAUAUCCACCUGUGAUCCAGAACAAUAUGGCAAACGAUUCAUAGAGUUCAUGAGCAAAGCCAUAGAGUAAAGAAUAUUAUUAAUUGUUGUGCAUAAAAUGAUGAAUUAACGACGAUAUUACCGCUUACUGUCGGACUGAAAUCGAAUUGAUCGCAACUCGCACGAGAGAGGGGGAGAAAGCUUUGGAGAUCGUUAAUCUCCGUUCGGUUUGCUUUUUGGCACCGGUUAUCUUCUUAAAGCGCUUUCACUUGCGAUUCACACGCGAUCGAAUAAAAGCGCGUAACGAAUCGUUCGUUCACCAAAUCUUUAAGCAAACGCGUCCUUCGCCGAUAUUUCUAUACAUCGGUAUCGUUUAUUAUACGGUUGGCAAGAGAUUUUUAUCCUCGAUUAUUAUUUAAUGUGUCUAUGUUGCUUCGUUUAGUCAGUCGUGAAGAAGUGUGAUCGGUUUCUCGAAUUUAUCACUUGAAACUACUUUUUCUCCAUGAUAGAAAGUUUAAUCGCACAUAACGUUACAUGUACACACUUGCAAACGCGCGAGAAUUUUCAUAAAAGUGGCAAAAUCGACGCCUCCUCUUUUCUCUGUCGCCCAUUCUUUCUUCUCGUCGCACAUGUCUCGAAAAAUGAAAGCGAUAAUGAGUAUUCAACGAUCUUGUAUCGUUCGAUGAAUCAUUCGCGAUAGAAAAUUAACAGCAAUGAAGUAUACACCAAUUGGGCAGGCAGUAUUAUCUACGGAUUGAGAUAAAAAGCUCGAAGUCGCACAAAUUCUUAUCUAUUGAUAUCAAUAGCUGAUAGUAAUAUCUGAAAAUGUAUUAGCAACAGUUUUUUUUUUAUAGCGGAUUGAUUAACGGACGUGAGUCACGCUGUAUACUACAGAAAGAUAUCUAACUUGAUGUGUUACCGUUGCAAUAAAUCUCAACCAAGCAUUGUGGCGCUCGCCAAGUAUACAACUGCCUGGGUACGCGCCUAAUCGUUUUAUCAUAUAAGAUGUAAUUUUAGUAGCUCGAUGAAACUAUGAAUAUCCGUUAUUUCGCUGAAGUUAUUGAUAGUAAUAUACACUUCGUAGUAUCAAGGGCAAUGUACACACAGACACAUAUACGUGUAAAUAUGCAUAUACAAAUCAUUACAAAAUAAAAUACAUUUCGUAAAUGUUAUGUUUAUUUCGGUUCGGUUAAGUAAGUUUCUGUUAUCGCGAAUCGAGCAACUCGAUUACUUCGCAGAAUGCAUUGGAGAAUGACACAAUCCAAUGAACGGUAUUAUCGACAUGAUACAUAUCUCUUUGAUACUCGUCACGACAGUACGAGUCGAAUCAGUAACUUACUUUUGGCUUUCAUUUUGCAAGAGAAUACUCAGAAAGAUGCACCGUUCUUCCGAAGAUAAAACCCGCAGACUCCUGCACGAUAGUAUUAUUUGUCAAAAGUCAUAUGGAUUGUGAAUCUCCAUUUAUUCUGUAUCGUUCAUAUAAAUUUGUUUCUUUAGUGAGAAAAUUUAAUAUUUGGUGAAAGUCGAUGUAAUUGUUGAGCAAUUUAUAUUGUGUUAUGAAAGGAAAAGGAGAAUGUGCACCGCGUUGCGUAAGACAAUAUCUUUAAAUAAUAUCUAAUACAUUUUUAUAAAUAUAUAAAUAUAUGUAUAAUUUGUUAGAGAGCCGAUCAUAAUGUAAUGACUAAUUACUCUAAUGAUUAAUAUAUUCAUCUAGUCUCGAUACGUCAUAUAAUUUUAUAUCUUUUAUCGUUUAAUCGCGCGCGCCAGGAUUAACAGGUGUGAUAGGCGAAAGGAGGAGGGGGUGUCCGUUGCUGCGUAUUUGUUGCAGAAUAUUUUAGAUUUCGAAAGUACUACCGUUUCUACGCGAUUGUCAAUUGUAUGAGAGAUAAUAUAAUAUUUAAAAAACUUGCUUUAAACAGCGGAAUUUUUCAGUCGCGGCAGCGUUCUCUAAUCAAUGAAGAAUUACAUCCAUCCGUUAGCAUGCGUCCUCGUGUGUGGCAACGAUAAAUCUUUGUUCAUAUUCAAAUAAAUUGAGAUUCAUCGGUA